UUUUCCUACUUCACACAUCUAAUUUUGAUUUCCUAGUUUCAUACUUCCAAAUUUUUAAGGUCUAGUACUCCAAUCCCAAAGUUACAGGUGGUAGUUUCAACUUAUCAAUGAACAAGUUGUUAAACUUUCUGCUUGUUGUUUUUGUCUUUGUUGCUACGGAAAUUCAUGGAGUGCAAGGUAAUGCAAUGGUGACUGGCACUGUUUUCUGUGACCAAUGUAAAGAUGGCCAAGUGUCCAUCUUUGAUUAUCCUCUAUCAGGGAUGAAGGUGACAAUGGUAUGUCCAGGGACUGAUGGACAAAUGACAGUGGUUGGAGAAGAUACCACAAACAUGUUAGGCAACUAUGGCAUAACUUUUGAUGGCACCCCUGAUUUAAGUAGCUGUUUUACCCAAAUUUCACCCAAUAAUACUAUUGGGCCGGACUCAGAUAAGUGUGGGGUUGCUCCAGGCCCAGCCAAAUCAGUUAGGCUAAUGUUUAGCAUGUUUGAUAUGGAAAUGUUUACAGUUGAUCCUUUGAUUUCACAACCUGCUCAACCUAUGUCUUAUUGUUCAACAUCUUCAGCACCUCCUAGUCCCGUCUCAUUGCCACCCCCUACAUCUUCGUCACCUCCUAGUCCCGUCUCAUUGCCACCCCCUACAUUUUCGGCACCUCCUAGUCCCGUCACAUUGCCACCCCCUAUAGGUUCUGGUACUCCUAUCACUCCGGUGUCUCCCUCGGCCCCGCCUAAAGGUCCGACUCCGACUUUUAAGCUUCCACCUAUGCCUCGGAUACCUCCAUUGACACCAAUGCCACCAGCGCCCUUCUUACAAGAUUCGGCAUGCUCACACGAAUACUGGACGAUGCCACAAUACAAAUGUUACUGGAGAGCAGUGAACCCACAGAUGCCAGUAGGGCUAGUAUUCGGUCCCUUAGCAGCACAGAAAUAUGGAACUGACUUAACAUUAAGGAAAGGACUUGAAGGUAAGGGUGAUCCUUACAAAACCCUUUUAAGGGAAGGUGUAACUGCACUUCUUAACUCCUACAACAGCUUCCAUUUCCCUUACAAUGCGCUUGAGGUCCUCCAUAGCUUCAACACCGCGUUAACGGGCUCGAAUCGUAACGUUCUUCUUACUGCCUUGAGGUACAAGAGGGCUAAUACUGGAUAUGGUCAUGUUCCCUGCAAAUUUCAAUCUUGCAAAUGAUCAUCAUUUUAGGGUGAUAUGUUUUUAGGAUGAUAUAUUUAACAUGCUAUUAGUGAAGUAUUAUUUAUUCGUAUAUAUACGUUAGUACUCUCAUAUAGUACGUUUCUUUCAUACUAUAUAUCGAGACUUUCUGUAAUAAUUUAUGGCGUAGAGAUUUGAUUUUAGGCGGCAGCAUCAGUUUCUUGUAUGUGUCUAUAUACAUGGCUGAUAAUAUUGUAUGCUUUUAUUUUCUGGUA